AUGCGGCCCCGAAGAGACUCGACCGCCGCCAUCGCCCGCCGCGUCUGGGACAUCGACGUCGCCGGCCCGGCCGUCGAGAAGCAGCGGCCCAAGCGCUACCCGCCCAUCUCGUCCAUCCCGCGCACCUCGCCCGAGCGCCUCGCGCAGGCCACCACCACCACCACCACCACCACCACCACCCGCGACGAUGGCGAGGGCAUCGACAAGGAGGAGGAGGAGGAGGAGGGGCCCGUGCCCGUGCCCGCCAGCUCCGACGCCGCCAUCAGCGGCAGCGAGGGCGGCACCGUGCUCUACCUCGCCUACGGGUCCAACCUCGCCGCCGAGACCUUCCUCGGCACCCGCAAGAUCCGGCCCCUGUCGCAGGUCAACGUCUCGGCGCCCUCGCUGCGCCUGACCUUUGACCUGCCCGGCCUGCCCUACAAGGAGCCCUGCUUCGCCAACACGGCGCCCCGCAGGCUGCCCAAGAAGCCGCCCGUCGACCUCCCCCCUCCGCCUUCGCCUCCUCCGCCGCCCGUGCGGCCGCCGCCCGCGUCGCGGCAAGCAGCUGGACCCUCGGAAAUACAAGGAGACGGAGGAGGAGUGGGGGACUGGGACAAGGGCCUCAUCGGCGUCGUCUACGAGGUCACGACCUCGGACUACGCGCGCAUCGUCGCCACCGAGGGCGGCGGCUCCUCCUACCAGGACAUCCUGGUGCCGUGCUUCGUCCUCCCGCCCACCGUCGGCGUCCCGGAGAAGCCCCCGAUCCCCGAGCUGCCGCCGCGGCCCUUCCUAGCGCACACGCUCUACGCGCCGCGCCUGCCCGACAUCCCGGACCCCGACGCCGCCCCGGACUCGGACUCCAACUCGGACGACGGAGAUGACGACACCCCGCCCGGCCGCAACCUCCCCCGCUGGCUCCGCAAGCUGCUCCUCCCCGUCCGCCGCCCGGACCCGUCCUACGCCCAGCCCUCGCCGCGGUACCUCGACCUGCUCCGCACGGGCGCGCGCGAGCACGACCUGCCGCCCGACUACCAGGCCUACCUGGCCUCGCUGCAGGCCUACACGCCGACGAGCCUGCGGCAGCGCCUCGGCGGCCUGCUCUUCGUGCUCGCCUGGCUGCCCCUGUUCGGGGUCGUGUUCGGCCUGUCGCGCUGGCUGGCCGACGACCGCGGGCGCGUGCCGCGCUGGCUCGGCGCGCUGCUGACCCUGUCGUUCAACCUCGGCUGGCUGCUGUACGACGUCCUGUUCAAGCCCGUCUUCGGGGACGGGGAGAGGACGGUCGACGGCGGCGGCGACCGAGACGGAGGGGCCAGGAUACGGCUUGGUGAUGACGAUGAUGGUGGGAAGGACGGCGGUGGCGCCGAGGGCAAGAAGAGGUCUCACACGUGGCGGGCGAGGAGGAGCAGGAGGAGGAGCAGCGGAGCUGGCAGCCUCGGGUACAGCGAUGAGGCGGUGCUGACGGAGAGUGAGGACGAGAAGUGA